AUGCACGACUAUUUUAUAAGGACUAAAUUUAAUCUGCUGAAUAACGGAAUUUUUAACAGUAUUUACAGAAAUUGCUCUAAUUACAAAAAAGAUGAAAGGAGAAACGGGAUGGACUUGGGGACAUCUCCAAACUCAUUUAGCAACAGCACACACACCACUAGCCAUGGGAAAAGAGAAUUAAAUGAACAAUUGAUUUACUCUUACUAUAACAAUUUUGCAAAUGAGAAAAGUGCCAGCAUCAAAAGUGAGAAUUCGGACCUAAAUGCCAUUUACGACAGAGAAGGCAGCAGGAAUCAGAGCAACAACCACAGUUGCAAUUACAACAGCAGCAAUUACAACCACAGCAAUUAUAGCAACCAUAACAGUCGCGACAUCCAUAAUAAUCUCGAAAUUCAUAACAAUCGCGACAUCCCUAACAACCACGACAGCCACACCAAACAGGAGCACAAAAUGCACGACCUGCACAGGAAUGGGUGUCUAAAACACUUUUUUCCAAAGUACGAGAAGUAUGGCCACAAAGGUGAGGAAAUUUUGUGUGUGAAAAACACAAACGAAGUGAUAAAGGAAGAAGGCUUUUUAUAUGAAGAAUUUAAAAAAUUAAAAAACGAUGUGUUAGCACUACAAAUCAUGAACGUAAAUUUACAAAAACAAGUUUUAGCUAAUCAUUCCAUAAUGGGUCCAUCAAAGGUAGUACCCCAACACAUAAUAAUAAAUAACAAAACAGAAGUUGCUUCAAAUGCAAUUAGUCAAAUACAAGAUAAUAAAAAAAAGAACAAUGGAUUUUUUUACCUUUUAUUAAAAAAACUCCUAAGCAGCAGAUUUGCACAAAUGUUUUUUGUCUCAUCUUUUUUUAUUUCCAUUUACUUAUUUAACAAGCACUGGCAGCGCGCCCUCAAGGUCUCUCAGCUGGAGAAGAGAAUAAACUCCAACAUCAUUCUGAAGAGUGUCCGCAUGCUUGAGGAAACCUUUGGCAUACGCAAGUUCAGUUACAUGUAG